CAUCUAAACUACUCCCGGUCAUUGCGCGGACGUCAUGUGGAUAACACCAGCCCGCGCACAGGGGACCCUAUAUAAGAUCUGCAGCUGUCAGGUGGAGGACACUAGCUGCUCUGCGCACAUAGGGACGACUUGCUGUUAGGGAAUUAUACAGCUCCAGAUCCACGUAGAUCCAAACUAUACUUGAACAAUGUCUUGGGGAUACGCAGCAGACAACGGACCCGAAAAAUGGGCUGAUAACUUCCCUAUUGCCAAUGGACCCCGCCAGUCUCCCAUUGACAUCUUACCUGGUGCGGCCGCGUACGACGCGGGGCUGAAGCCGCUCAAGCUGAAGUACGACCCCUCCACCUGCCAAGAAAUCCUCAACAACGGACAUUCCUUCCAAGUGACCUUCGUCGAUGACACCGACAGCUCAACUCUGAAAGAAGGGCCCAUCUCAGGGACCUACAGGCUCAAGCAGUUUCAUUUCCACUGGGGAGCGUCGAACGACAAGGGCUCCGAACAUACCGUGCACGGGACCAAGUAUCCUGCUGAGCUCCAUCUGGUGCACUGGAACACCAAAUACCCAAGUUUUGGUGAGGCAGCUAGCAAGCCUGAUGGGCUCGCCGUUGUUGGAGUCUUCCUGCAGAUUGGUGACGCAAAUGCCAGUCUCCAGAAGGUUCUGGACACCUUUGGUGCCAUCAAGGCCAAAGGCAAGCAGACCACCUUCGCUGACUUCGACCCUUCCACCUUGCUGCCCGGUUGCCUAGACUACUGGACCUAUGACGGCUCCCUGACCACACCCCCUCUGCUGGAGAGCGUUACCUGGAUUGUCUGCAAAGAGCCAAUCAGCGUCAGCGCUGAGCAGAUGGACAAAUUCCGCGGCCUGCUCUUCUCCGCUGAGGGCGAGGCCGAGUGCUGCAUGAUGGACAACUACCGACCUCCCCAGCCGCUCAAGGGUCGCGCUGUCCGUGCUUCCUUCAAGUAAUACCCCCCCCCCCUUAUUUUGGGCCCUAAAACCCUGUUGCCCUCUCCCUUCCCCCUCCUUUUAGUCAGAAGUUACCUCUCGCAGUGAGCCACAAAGCACACAUAUCUCUCUCCGUCCAAUUCUUAUUUUUAUAGAAAUCAUGCUCCUGCAUUUUAACCGUGAGAUGAAGCACUCUGAGGUUUUUCGAGUUUUUAUGUACGUUACGAUCAAGCAAAGACAAACACUUCGCGAUGGCUCCGACACAUUCACUAGGAUUCAGCAUCUGGUGCCAAUGUUUUCAGAGAUGUACCACCAGUGUCUUCUUUUUUGUCAACAAAAACCACGCGGAUGAAACAAAUUAAGUUCGGGUUAUAGUCAAAACGCUAGUCACAGUAUAGACAGGGUGGGGUGGGGGGGGGGGGGGGAGGAGGAUGAGACUACAUCACCAUCUGUGAGGAGGGUGCAGAUAAAAGAGACACACACACACACACUGGAUGGACACAUACACUGCCAGUCUGUCUGUAAUCUCGGCCUGACUGCCAGCCUCUGCAUCACAGCAGCUUAAUGAAACGCUGCAGCCGCCUCCAUCACACCCGAUUGAAUCAGAAAAUCCCCCUCUGGCACACACACACACACACACACACAAACACACAACAAGGCAAGCUCAGCCUCGUGCAGACAUGAUGCCCGUCGGCACUGACCUGCUUAUUGAUUUGAAUGCAGUGCAAAGGACACGAGGAGAGGCUGCUGCUCCUGCUAGAUACCAGACAUCGUGACAAUGGCUCUUUGCUCGUAUUUUGCAGCCUGAACCUUGUUACAUUGUUCAUGUGUGUGUCAUCCUGUGUGUUGUGUUUUUAUGAGGAUUGUGUCCUUCUGUUGUUGUUGUUUUUAACCUUACAACUCAUGCAAAAUAAGUCUUAAGUGGUUCCUAAAUUAUGUUGUGGAACCAAAAAGCCCGGCUGUGUUUUGACGCCCUGGUGAAAUAGCAAUAGAGAGGAAUGAUCCUUCUUUUUUAAUAUGAAAUGUGAUGUGUGUGGAAAACAAAUCCCUCUAUGUGUUGAGCACAGUCGCCGUGUGGGCGAAGCCACCGUGGCUAACGCACAAAGCCAAGGAAUAAAUUAGCCUGCCAAGGAAGACGAGGAUGAAAAGAAGCUGCCAAUGGAUCAGAUUAUAGUGUCGGCCUGCUGUCGGGCCCUGUGUGGGAGAAGCACCAACAAAAGGCCAUGAGAGGUCCUGAAGACCUCUGCUGUUCUUUCUCCCUGUAUGCAUUUUUUUUUAAACAAUAAAGAAAGAUUGUAAUUAAUAUAAAAAAGGACAAAACAAAUGCCUUAUGCCAAUCUUUGUUCGGGGUGUCCCAUGAGUAUGUGUUGUUGCCAUUCUAUUUCUGACGUGGACAUUUUACUAUUGGAAUAAAUAUAUUUUAUGACUAACAA